UCAGUGUUGUGCUGUUUAAACAGUCGAUAUAACAAGAAUCUAUUCUAUACAUCAACUGGUUCAACUAUUAUAGCGUUAAAUCCUUUUACAGCUGUAGAUUAUCUAUAUACAGAUCAUAAUAUACAUUCUUAUCAUACUGUAGCUCAGGGCAAACAACCUCAUAUCUAUGAAAUCAGUGAGAGAUGUUAUAAUAAUAUUAUACUAGAGUUAGGACGGAUCAAUCAGUGUAUUAUAGUUAGUGGUGAAAGUGGAGCUGGUAAGACUGUGUCAGCCAAGCAUCUAUUACGGUAUUUAACUAAAGUUUCUAAUGUUGAAUCAAUCAAUAAUAAAACUAAAACAGGGGACAUAAUCCAGAAUAAAAUACUAGAUUCUAAUCCUAUACUAGAGGCAUUUGGUAAUGCUGCAACUCCUAGAAAUUCCAACAGUUCUAGAUUUGGUAAAUUUAUACAACUACAGUUUAAUAGAUGUGGAGUGAUUCAGGGAGGUUCUAUACAGACAUAUUUACUAGAGAAAACUAGAAUAGUUCAUCAGAAUAGUGGAGAGUGUAAUUUUCAUAUCUUUUAUCAGACUUCAAAAAAAUAUUCGUUUGAGUGGAAUUUCCAAUCAUAUGAGGGCGUCUUUUUUAACAGCUUCACACCAUAUGAACAUGGGAAGAUAUUAGAAACUAUCACAGCUAUGACAGAUAUUGGUAUGACACAAACACAACAAACUAACAUCUUUCAGUUGUUAAAAGCUAUACUAUAUCUUGGUAAUGUAGAUUUUACUCCUAGUGAUGAUGAUAGUACUAACAUGUCGUGUAAUUUAGGUAAGUUCUCGAUGGAUCAAGCAGCUAGUCUAUUAGGUAUAGAGUAUAGUGAUGAUUUAGAGAAAGUAUUUUUAUAUCGUAAUAUCCAGUCCAGUAAACGACGUAGUGUAUUUAUUAAACCUGUAUCUAUAGUAGAAGCUAAAACUAGACGAGACUGUCUAGCGAUGUUGUUAUUUUCAAGAUUAUUUGAGUGGAUUGUUAGUUAUAUAAAUAAUGUUAUAGAAUCUGAAGAGUUUUACAGUACUAUAGGUUUGUUAGAUAUAUAUGGUUUUGAAAUAUUUGAAAGUAACAGUCUAGAACAACUGUGUAUUAAUUACGCCAAUGAAAAAAUACAACAACUUUAUGUUUCACAUUUUAUGAAAGAUUUACAGAAAGAAUAUGAGAUAGAAAGAAUAGAAUGGAGUAAUAUAAACUAUACUGAUAAUCAACAUUGUUUAGAUACUCUAGAGGGUACACAUAGUAUCUUCGGUCUUCUCAAUGAGGAAGUAUAUUUAAAUAGGAAGUGUAAUAUAAAGAUACUAACAGAACGUAUAUUAGAUAUUGGUGGUAAUAAACAAGCACCUGUUAUAAAGAAACCUAGUAAAUUCUCCUCUGAUCCUAGUUUUGUUGUUCAGCAUUAUGCAGGAGAGGUCAGAUACUCUGUAGACCAGCUUGUCAAUAAAAAUAAGGAUAAUAUACCAGUGGAACUAAUCAGAUUACUAAAAACUAGUAGCAAUAAUUAUAUACUGGAAUUAUUCUCUAAUUACCAACUGAUGGACUCUCCUGGCAAGAAGAAGAAAACUGUUCUCUCUAAGUUUAAGAGUUCUCUAGAUGAGUUGAUGUCUACUCUACAACAAUCUGAUGUCCACUAUAUAAGAUGUAUUAAACCUAACUCUAGUAACUUAGCAGGAAUAUUUGAUAGAAGAUAUGUUAUACAACAACUGAGAGCUAGUGGUAUUAUAGAGACUGUAGAGAUCUGUAAACAGGGUUAUUCUUCUAGGUUUGUCUUAAUAUAUUAA